AUGGCGACCGCAAUCUCCAAGCCGACCUCCCAUACCCCUAAGAUGAAGCGACCGCCCCCGCCUUUCGUCCAGACCGGAGUCAACGGAGUCAAGUCCCAACAGUCCUCCUCCUCCUCUCCCCCCUCCUCCGCGAAACGUUUGCCCGGUUCGAAUCAACCGGCUUCAGCAAGCUCCGCAGGCGGCCCGACGUCAAAUGGCGUCAAUGGCGCGGCUAAUGCGGGUGCCGGCUCGAACAAGGCUAUCCAGAAUCGACCUAAGAAGGAAGCGCAAAAGCCCGGUGAUCAGGCCGCGCGGUUACAGAAACCAUUGCUAAGGUCUUUAUCCAUUGACAAUGAUCGUCGCGCAGGGAACAGGUGUCCCGAGCCAUAUGGUAAGCUCUCAGCCCGAUCCACUUGCGGAGCCCCUGCGUACUGA